UCCCCGGAGCCAGACACCAGGGCCAUGCGCAUCAAUACCAUCCCGAUUGUUUCCGGUUGGAUUUGGAAGACGAACCUUGUGGGCGGGGAACGGGCAGCUGCACCUCUCACCUAGGUUGGAUUUGAAGACGUCUGCUCCCGGCCCUGAGAUCUUACGACAUCGAGCAUUCUUAACUUAUUUCUGCAACAAACCCAAGCGGGGCCAGGGGUUAUCAUCAUGGCGGCCGUGCAGCACAUGGAACCGGUGCCGACGCUGGCGCGGCCACAGAGCAUGAACGGCGGGACAUUCACCAGGGACGUCGAUAUAGACGCGGCACCGGUGCCGCUUGGACCCGGCACGCCUUUGUGUAGCGAGCCGCGGAGAGGAGACACCAGGAUUGUCAUAAUCAUGUACGGCCAUGGCCAGGAAAAGAUCGUCGGUGUUUUUGCGGAGGUGCUUGGGAAGCCUUUCAGGAUGAAGAGUCGUUUUGGGGAUGUUGGCCAGGAGGACCGGGACUGGGUUAUUGGGCUCGCCGCAGAGAACGCAAAAGCCGACAUUGAGACGCGAAACAGGGGGCUGGUUGUUGCCAUCAAUGCCCAUUGCACUGGGCUGGGCAUGCCUCCUGAUACUUAUCUCUCGGCCCAUUGCGAUUACGAGUUCCUCUAUACCGAGACCCCUUUCUUCCGCCGGGAUCUGGCUCGCUUCACCUCACACAUUCUUGGGCAACUUUGCCAGCACCAAGCGUUGGUGGCGAAGCCGAGAACCUUCAUCAUCUCGACCACGUUCCCAGACGUACAUGCCGCCCUGCCGAACAUCGACAUAUUAACGGUUGGGGCAGACGCCAUCGAAAUCCGGGUCGAUCUCCUCAAAGAGCCACUUGGCGACGGCACAUUCUCCGAGGUCCCCAGUCUGAGUUACGUUGGCGAGCAGGUCAUGUUGCUCCGUCAGCGGACUGAGUUACCUAUAAUCUUCACGACGAGGUGUACCAGAGAAAAUGGCCGGUUCCCGAUGGACAAUCCAGGCCUGUACUACGACUACCUUUACCGAGCCAUUCAGUGGGGUGUUGAGUACAUCGACGUUGAACUUUGGCUUCCAGAGGAGAUCAGGAGAAAACUGUACGAACAACGAGGAAACAGCCGCGUCAUGUCAGCCUUCCACGACUUUUCUGGGACAUUUAAAUGGACCUCAGAAAGGGCAGAGUCCAUUUUCCUCGAAUCACGGCGGUAUGCAGACUGUGUGAAGAUGAUCGCCAUCAUCAACGACCACAACGAGAACUUCGAGCUGGAAUACUUCCGGUCCAAGAUCAAAGCUAAGUUUUCCGACGCUGUGCCCCUGUCAGCCCUAAACAUGGGCGAAACCGGCCAAUGGUCACGAACCCUGAACAAGUUCUUCACGCCCAUCACUCAUCCCCUGUUGCCCAUAAUCGCAGCCCCCGGUCAGAUGAGCGCUGCCGAGAUCAAUCAGGCGUUGGCUAUGCUCGGGCAGUUGCCAAAGAAGAGCAUGUAUGGCAUUACUAGCCCGUCAAUGCGCAGCGCCACUCCUCAAGCCCCCUUCUACGAAAAGUGCUUUAACGAGCUAGGGCUACCGCACCAGUUUGCUGUCGUGGAGUGGCAGCCAAAAGGAUACGGCAGCAUUGGGACUUGGUGUAACCAGAAGAACUUCGGUGGUGCUUACUUCAACCCGGCUGUCAGCUUCAAGAGCCUGGUAGCCAACAGCGAUUUCCUCUCAUCUCUCAACAACGGAGCUGGGCCCAUCCUCAGCGAAGCAGCUCGCCUCAUUGGCAUGGUCGACACCAUCGUCGUGCGGCCGAACUCCUCCAGCGCUCCGCCUUCAGCGCCAACAUCCAACCCGUCGAGCCCUCCACGACACAGAACCGAGGACUCAUUUGGUACACUAGGCCCGGCACAGUCCGGCCUUCCGCCGACCACGUCGUUUAUCUUCGACAAUGCGUCAUGGAAGGGCAUUCUGAGCACUCUGACGCGCGACCUUGCCCCUUCGGCAUACUUUGGAUGUGCCGCUGUAGUACUGGCGUCAUCAGCCGAAGACGCAGCCAGCGCCCUCUUCGCCCUUAAAGCUCUCAAGGUUGGCAAGGUCUACACUGUUGGCUUCAAGACGCCCCCGGCAUUCGGCAAAAACCUACUCAUUGAGCCUUUUACCAGCCUUGAGAGCAUUCAGCGAGCACGCACGGUCGGCGGGGUUGGGACGGACGUGUCGGCAGGGACGGGAUCACCGUUCCUGGUCGUGAGCGCUCUUGGGCCAGAAAAGAGCACGCUCGUGGGAAUGCUGGUUCGGCUGUUUGGCUCGCGAGGCUCGACAAACGCUCGGAAAGUCUUUCUGGAUCUGGCCGAUCGCUCGGCAUCCCGCAAGGGCGAUCCAGCCUUGGUUGCCGAGCAGAGCGGGUUCGCAGCGUACGGUGCUGCCGAUGUCACAGCUUUUACCACGGUGGAAACUCUGCGGCUUCUGGUUGGGCAAAAUGUCCCGUACAGCUUUGUCCGGCUGGCCAGUGGUCGGACAUUAUUCUGAGCAUGGAGCCCGGGUUUGUUGUUCCAAUCAUGGCCGAAGUGAUGCUGGCAAGGUGUUUUAGCCCGGCGGCGGUAUCAGAGAGACAUGGCGCCGGUACCG